AUGGAAACCGUGGAUUCCUGGAAAGCGAAAGGAAACGAGUUCAUGAAAUCUCGUCAGUAUGAUAAGGCCGUGGAGUGCUACUCCAACGGAAUCAAGCUCGAUGAAAACAAUCACAUUUUGUAUAGUAACCGCUCCGCUGCCUAUCUGGCCGCAGGCAAGGUGGACGAGGCGUACGACGAUGGCGUGAAGUGCAUUGCGCUGAACCCCACUUGGGCGAAGGGAUAUUGCCGAAAGGGAGCAGCCGAGCAAGCCAGAAUGGAACUAGAAGAGGCGGCUAGCACAUACAAAGAAGGCAUGGCAAAGUGCGGAAAUGAUCCCAUGCUCCAGCGCGGUCUGGCCGAGGUAGAAAAGGCGAAAGAAACGGCCGCCAGCUUCGCCAACAUCUUCCGCGUCCCGGAUAUCGACAUCGUCAAUUCGACCCCGUCUCUCGCCUAUCUGCGCCAAGACGCGGAAUUCAUGGAGCUUCUCCGCAAAGCCGAGACGGACGCCUCGGUCAAAGAGUCCAUCACCAAAGAUCCUCGCUACACCGCCAUUCUCUACGCGCGUCUCGCCCAAAUCGACCCCAAAUUCGCCUCUUCCUUCGCCCAAGCCGCUCAGCCGACCGCUCCUCCGACCGCUCAGCCUGCUUCUCCCAAGCCUGCGCAGCCCGCUCAGCCUGCUCAGCCUGCGGAGCCGCCGGCUCCCGAGCUGUCGGAGGAGGAGAAGAAGAUCCAGGCGCUGAAGGAGGAGGGCAACGCGCUGUACAAGAAGAAGGACUUCGAGGGCGCGCUGGCGAAGUACAACGCCGCGCUAGAGGUGGACCCGCAGAACGUCACGGUGCGGAACAAUGUUUCGGCGGUGCUGCUGGAGCAGGGGAAGCUGGAGGAAUGCGUGGCGUACUGUAACGAGACCGUGGACAUCGCGCGGUCCGUCCACGCCAAGUACGAAGACGUCGCGCGCACCUACAUCCGCAUCGGAAAUGCCGAGAUGAAGCGAGAGAACUACGAGGCCGCCAAGGAGGCGUUCCUGUCGUCGCGCACGGAAAGCCCGCUCAAAGGUGUGGAGGACAAGAUCCGCCAGUGCGACCGGCUCAUCGAGGAGGCCAAAAAGCGCGCCUAUCUCAACCCCGAAGAGGCGCUGAAGGCGAAGGAGCGGGGCAACGCGCUGUUCAUGCAGAGCGACUUCCCCGCGGCGAUCCGCGAGUACGACGAGGCGAUCCGGCGCGACCCGACGAACCCGUCGUUCUACUGCAACCGCGCGACGGCGCUGAGCAAGCUGAUGGACUACGGGCGCGCGCUGGACGACAUCCAGAAGGCGCUGGAGCUGGACCCGACGUAUGUGAAGGCGUACCAUCGCCGCGGACUGAUCGAGAUGGCGCUGAAGAAGUACCAUCGGUGCUUGCAGAGCUUCGAGCGCGGGCUGGAGCUGAAUCCUGAGGACGCGGGAUGCCAGGACGGACUGCGGAAGACGCAGCAGAAGAUCGCCGAGAUGCAGACGAAGCCGGUGGACGAGGAGCAGCAGAAGCGGAAUAUGCAGGAUCCUGAGAUCCAGGCGCUGGUGAACGAUGCCACCAUGCAGCAGGCGUUGAAGGAGUUGAGCGAGAAUCCGAAGGGGUCGCGCGUGCUGGAGGAUCCCCGGAUUAAUAAGGGCUUCCAGCUGCUCGUAGCGGCAGGCAUUAUUCGAUACCAAUUUCCUGUUUGUUGCAGAAACGAAGGGUUGGAGAGAGGGGACAUGAACUGGACGAAAGCCAUUGUGUCUGGAAGUGCGGGAUUCGUGAUUGCCAUUGUGGUGGCGAUUUGCAUCGAGCGAUGCGGAGGAGCGAUCGGAGGAAUUAUCGUGUCGAUCCCGACCACGGUGGUUCCUACCUCGUACAUUUUUCUCACAGAUAACGGAAAAACGCGUGUGGAGCAGGCAGCGUCUCUCUUUGCCACUCCAAUCGGAACCAUGGCCACAAACCUCGUGUUUUUGCCAGUGUGGAAGAUUCUUCCCAGUAAAUUUAGUAAGCGUUAUAGCAACACUGCUACCACCUGGAUUACGCUCCUCUUGUCAUUCGUGGCAUGGUUCAUUGCCGCAUUCCUGGUCACUUCGAUUGAAACCUUCACGAACGAGCGAGGCGUUCCUAUUUGGCUCUUUUCGAUUUGUGUAAUGGUGCUGUGUGUGGUCAUCGGCAUUUGGCUGUGCUGGUCGCUUCCUCCCACUCCGAAGGGCAAGAAUCGGGUGAAGCCCCUCAUCCACUUCCUCCGGGGACUCUCCUGCAUGGCCUGCAUCGUCCUCAGCAGCUGGAUUAGCUCGAGUGGGUUUGGUCUUUUCGCGGGAGCCUUCUCUGGCUUCCCCGCUGUGUUCAGCACCUCGAUCGUGUCAGUCAGUCUGGCCCAGGGAGCGGCUGUCUCUACCGGCGCCAUUGGUCCCAUGAUUAUUGGAGGUUGCUCGGUUGGGUGGUAUGCGCUGCUCUGCGGUGCGUUGCACACGAACACGCAGCUUCCCGCCAUCGCCAGUAUUCUCUUGUCGUUCUGUGCGGCGGUGAUUUGCUGGAACGUUCCCUCGUACUUUUUCAUCCGGUGGAGAUGUGACAGAACGGCGUUGAAGAAGGUACUUCCCACAACAGUCGACAACACAAACAUGGCAGAGCACAAGAAGGAAGAGAAGGAGGAAGCUGCGUAAUUUGGUGGCAUUGCUAUUAAUAAUGCUGUUGUUGUUGUUGUUGUUUUAUCCGAGCUGGA